UAGAGGCGAGUCUAGGCCUCGAGGAGCUCAUUCAGCGCUCCAGGUAUCCGGCCUGGGCUCGAGAUCAGAACUGUUUGGAUUUAACAGUCCGUGGACGGCCAGAGACUGAGAGUCCGGUGACCAGGCUGUGGUCUAGUAUAAAGGCGGGUCCCAGAAGAAGGGGCAGGGCGUGGGAGAAGCCUCCCGGCCCGCCCCGCAAUGUGGCACCCGCUAGUCCUGUUGUUGCUGCUCCCCUCUGCCUCGGUGCCCCCCUCCACUGCAGCCCCGAUCCGCGAUGGUGACGCCCAGGAGAGCUCCUCGGGUUUUCUAGGUCUCCAGAGUCUACUCCAAGCCUUCACCCGGCUUUUCCUGAAACCCCAGGAUGACCUGAUGCGGAGCAUGGACAGCUUCUUCUCUGCUCCUAUGGACUUCCGGGGCCUCCCUAGGAACUACCACCAAGAAGAGAACCAGAAGCACAGGCUGGGAAACAAAACUCUCUCCAGCCACCUCCAGAUUGACAAGGUGACCAACAACAAGACAGGAGAGGUGCUGAUCUCUGAGAAGGUGGUGGCAUCCAUCGAGCCAGGAGAGGGGAGCUUACAGGGUGACUGGAAGGUACCCAAGAUAGAGGAGAAGGAGGCCCUGGUGCCUGUCCCAAAGGCCAUGGACAGCUUCCACCCGGAACCCCACCCCCGAAUGGUCUUCUGGAUCAUGAAGCUGCCACGGCGGAGGUCCCACCAGGAUGCCCAGGAGAGCGACCACUGGCUCAGUGAGAAGCAACACCGCCUGCAGGCCAUCCGGGAUGGGCUCCGAGAGGGGACCCGUGAGGACGUCCUCGAACAGGGGAUCCAGAGCUCCUCUCAUGCCAGGCUGCCUGCCCGCAAGACCCACUUCCUGUAUAUCCUCAGGCCCUCCCAGCAGUUAUAGUGGGGGGACUGGGGAACACCUGCAUGUACCCCCCCACCAGACCCCACCCCAGGCACCAUAUGGAAAUUAAACUUUUUCUUACAUCCAGCAGCACUGUCUCCUUUGGAGAUCUGUCCUCAGGCCUCAGCCAGCCAAGCCAUGGCAAGUCCCCCCAACCUUAUCCUUCAGCAUGACAUCUGGCUGAGAUGUUAGUUCCUGCCAAUGUCUCUGUGUUGUUUUCUGAUUCAGACGCCAUCUGUCUUCUGACUGAGCAACUCUGUGACCUCCAGCCCCAUCAGUAUCCUCAGUCCCCAUCCCUGUCACCUCCAGCUCUGUCUGCCCUCCAGCUCCCAGCUCUUUCACUCCAGUCCUGUCUGUCCACUCUGCCCUUGCAUUAGUUUCCUGUUACUGCUGCAAAAAAUGACCGCUAAUGUAGCAACUUAAAACAACACAAAUGUAUCCUCUCACUGGUCU